AUGAAAGAGGGCCGGCUUCUUACGCAGCAGCACCCCGUCGUUCACGUAGGGUUCGACAUGGGUAUAAUUUUUGAGGUUGGGACUCUGCCCACGCUCCGUAGGCACACAAUUCUCAAAACAUCUGCUGUUAUAUUGGUUGAUAAAAUAUGUCUUCACACAAGGGUUUCCAGUGAUGGACAACUUUGGCACUUCCGACUAGAGGAUAAACAAACAUAUAGUUUGCAUUGCACUAUUGAAAUACGAUGUUGUAAAAAUGAAAAGAAGUUAAACGAUAUUUAUAAUAAAAAAACCAUGAAAAUAUUGGGAACAAAGGCAAUGCCUAUGCCUCCUAAUUAUAGAACACAUGGAGGAGGUGUGGUCAUGGGUAUAGCAUGGCAGAAGAGGAAUUCUGAAAAUCAAACUUCAACAAACUCUGAUAAUCAUUCCAAACAGGUGUACAACGAACAUGAAGCAAAAUUAUGGACAACUUUAGCUAUUGAAUCCAUCCAUAAACAUAUGUUUACAAAGGAAUUUCAAGUCUUGGUUAAUGGAGAUGGUAAGUUUCAAAUGGUUAGUGGGACGUGCGUAAACCAAAAACAAUUUACAUAUGAAAGCAACAAUCGAAAACCUACUCCAUUAAAACAAGAUGACCAAAAGCAACCUUCUGACCCAUGCGAAGCAUGGAUCUCCCCCUAG